AUGCCAUUCCAAAAUUUCAGGCCAUCAAAGGUCACUCCUUUCGCACCCACUUUUGCAUCCCACCUUCUUCACUCCCCAAAAGAGAGAGAGAGAGAGAGAGAGAGACCUAGCGAUGCGGGGACUCAACAAGCUCAAACUCAACAUCUUCUCUCUAGGAGGCUGCUUUGAUGGGUGCAAAGACCACACUCAGUCCUCCGGACUCGGGACCCGGAUAUGGAACCUCAGCGACCGCCCCGUCGAGCUCCAAAUCCGGGUCGGCUCGAUCCUCAAGAAGGUCCACACCCUCAAGCCCGGGUCGUCGAAGCGGCUCAAGUGCAAGAGCAUCUACAAGGCCUACAUGCCCGGGAGGCCGGGCGGGCCUUUGGCGGCGAGCGGCGGGGGAGGCAUGAGGAGCCUGCUGUACUACUACGACGAGGCCUGCCACCCUUACAUUUGGAUCAACGAUACGUGCGGCGACUUCACCCGGGUGGUGAAGCAGCAGUACCUGAGCCUCGAGGACCUGAGGGACUGCUCCGAGAUCAGGAUCCAUAGGGAUCCCAUCAGGGGUUGCAUCUGCGUCAGGAAGAAGGCCAGGCCUGAUUUUUGCUAAGGUGAUGUGAUCGAGCCUCCCCAGAAUUAACAUACCCUAGACCUUGUUCUGCAAGCUUGUGGCUUUUUCUCUUUCGGGUUCGACUGCAAAUUAACUGCUUCGUUUUUAGUGGUGUGAUUUGGGAGAUUUCAGCUACACAUUGGAAUGCAUAGACGAAAGCUUUUAUGUUUCUUCCGCUUGUUAUUUUGGAAUGCAUGAGUGAAGCUCUAUUUUUCCUUGAA